AUGUUAGAAACACUAAAAAAGCUAAAACAAAAAUGUGGUCAUCGCACAAUCAUAGGGGGAGACAUAAAUGCUUUUUCCACAAGAUGGGGAAGCAAGAAGACAAACAAUAAAGGGAAAUUGGUAGAAGAAUUCAUUGAUAAUGAACAGCUGGUACUAAUAAACAAGAAUGGACAACCAUACACGUUCUCUGGACCGAGAGGGGAGAACAACAUUGACGUCACUCUAACAACACAAGACCUAUCAGCAAAGGUAAAAAAUUGGAGCGUGCUAGACGGGAUAAUAACAAGUGACCACAGGUUAAUUUACUAUGAGAUCGGAGAAGGAACAACAUUCUCGAAACUGAUUAUAAAAAAGCGCUAUGUUACAAAGAAAGCGGACUGGGAAAAAUUCAAUAGGGAACUUGUUAUGCAAACACAACUCAUAUAUAACCAAGAUAGUGAUUUGGAAUCAAGAACAGAGUCAAUAAUGCAGGCGAUAACAAGAGCAUCAGAUAAGGCUAUACCUAAACAAAAACAAAAGAGGAAAGUCGCACCACCAUGGUGGACCAAUGAAUUGGAAAGCAAAAAGAAAAUAAUGCGAGCAGCAUACAGGAAAAUAGAAGGAGAUGAGGAGGGUAAACAACAACGUAGAGCAGUAUACAAUAGAGAGAGAAACCAGUAUGUCAAAACAUUGAGAACAGAAAAGAAGCUUUCAUGGAGAAAAUUUGCAAGUGAAAUAAAUGAUAACACUUGGGGCAAAUGUUUCCGAUGGAUUAAGAAGGGCUCGGCAAACAGAGAAGCACCUUCAGUGCUCAAGAGACAGGACGGAGAAUACACGAAAACACUUGAGGAAACACUGAAGUAUCUGCUGGAUACACUUAUCCCAACUGAGGAUACAGGAUCCGAACAGGAAGAACCCCCAUAUAGGGAACAAUCAGACUAUAGCAUGACCAAUAAAGAGGAAGUCAAAAACUCGAUAUGGAGAAUGUCGACCAAAAAGGCCCCAGGAGAAGAUGGUAUUAACGCCAUGAUCCUGCGCAAUGCAUGGCCGAUAAUGGGGGAUUUAAUAACAAACUUAUUCAAUGACCUGCUACGAAAUGCAUAUUUUCCAAAAAUAUGGAGAAAUGCUGAUAUAGUAACCAUAUUGAAAGGAAAAGAUAAGAAAAGGGAGGACCCAAAAUCAUUCAGGCCAGUGAGUUUACUACCAGUACUAGGAAAAAGCCUAGAACACCUUGUGUGUACGAGGCUACAUGAAGAGACAGAAACAAACAUGGCAAAUGGACAACACGGAUUUAAGAAAGGCAGAUCAACACUAACUGCGAUUAGUGAGGUCAUUGAAUGGGUAAACUUAAGAGAAGAAACAUACGUCAUGGGGGUUUUCUUGGACAUCAGUGGAGCUUUUGACAAUGUAAGAUGGGAACCUCUGAUUCAAGACAUGACAAACUUGGGAGCAUCUAGAGCAACAAUAAAAAUAACAGAAAGUUAUCUGCGUAAUAGAACAGCUAAAAUAAAAUUAGACAACACAACUGUAACUAAGACACUCACGAAAGGAUGCCCACAAGGAUCAGGAUUCGGGCCAUCAUUAUGGAAUAUAACGGUCAACCAGAUUCUAGCAACGGAAAGAGAAGAACAUACACACAGGGUCGCAUAUGCAGAUGACAUAGUAGCGCUAAUUGCAGGCAAUACCAGGAAGGAAUUGGUAAGCAGAACUGAAGCGCACAUUGAGGAUCUAUGCAUCUGGGCUAACAGAUAUGGACUAUCCUUCUCCAUGACAAAAACAAUGGGAAUGGUCCUUAAAGGCACAUUGGCGCCUGGUUUCUAUCUCAAGUUUGGAGAUGGAAGGAUAAAAACGGUAGAGAAAUUAAAAUACCUAGGCGUUGAAAUAGAUCAAGAACUAAAAUAUAAAACGCAAGCAAUGAACAUAGUUGAAAAAAGCACGGUAGAAUUCAGCAGGCUAAGAGGAAUAAUGGGAGCAGAAUGGGGAUUAUCAUUCGAAACGGCUCUAAUAUUAUAUCGGGCCAUCUACAUUCCAAGGGUUACUUAUGCAGCAUGCAUAUGGAUGCAAGACUGGAAUAAGACGACGAGAGAAAAGAUGAUAAGAAGUCAGAGAACACCACUUUUAGCGGUAUCAGGAGCGUACAACACCACUUCAACGGAUGCACUGCAGGUAAUAACGGGACUCCUACCUCUAGACCUACAAAUUAUGUGGGAAGGAACGAAACAAGAAUAUAGAAGAGGCAAAAUUACGCUGGAAGCACAAGAAGAGUUGAAGGACAACAUCAUACAAAUAUGGCAGGAUAGAUGGUCAAUCUCUAGGAAAGGUGAAUGGACAAGGAGGAUCAUACCAAAUAUAAGAACAAGACUAGACACACCAUUAUACCUCAAUCAUUAUAUAACACAAUACCUAUCUGGACAUGGGGACUUUGCUGCAAAAUUAUCAAAGCUGGGUUUGAAGGAUACUCCGAACUGCGCAUGUGGGCAAGGAACAGAUGACCCAGAACACUCCAUAUUUCACUGCAACAGGUGGAUGCUACAAAGAGAACAUCUGGUAGAGGCAGUACUAAGUGAAGGAGAGAACUGGCCAUGCCAACCUGAUGUGCUGAUCAAAACAAGAAGAAUCUAUGAUGCGUUUGUGAGUUUUGCUAAGACCACGCUCAUAGAGAAAUCAGAUGUUAACUAG